AUGCCAAUAUCGGUUCACCUAGGGACUUUAGCUCUCUUUAACUCUACUUACUACGGCAAGGAUUACCGCGCGGGUGCCGCUCUCCUGCGUGCCCGCCAGCCGUUCCUGGUCAAGAACGCCCUCACCGGCUUCGGUCUAUUUGCCUUCACUAUCGGUGUCUGUACGUAUUUCCUCCCUUUCUCGCCAAUUCUAAUCUCCCUGUUCUCCUUCAUUAUGUGCCGUGUUCUGCGCCAGAGUCAAUUGCAGCCUGGUGGCACCACCAAGGCACACCCAAACUACGGCGAAACCCUCCGGACGGCUCUGCAAAAUCACUCUGCUGACCAUUACCUUCCUUCUCCCUCCACAGAUGUCUACACCAUCAAGGCCGUCGGCCAAGAAGAAUUCUCCGACGUGAAAGUCCCCGACGCCCCCGCGCAGAAGAAAUAG